UUGGCCUCGAUCACGUGGGCGUGACAGUCGGAGCUGUAGGAGAGCCGCAGACAGGCGCUGCGAAGCGGCAGCAGCCAGCCAGCCCUCCCUCCCUUCGCCAGCACCGACAGCCUACCUUUGCAAGCGACGGACGGCCAUGGCGGGGCAUCGCUGACGGAGAGCCGCAUCGACCCCCCCUCUUUCCUCCUUGCGACCCUUCGGUUCCGUUGUCCCUCGUUUGUCCGGCGCAGCUCAGCUGUGCGGAGUAGAGGAGGAGGCGGGGGAGGCGACGUUGAAAGACUGGGCUAAAAAAAAAGACAGGAAAGAAAUACACACACAUACAAUACAAUCAUCUGAAAAAUAGCAUGGCGGAUCGUGAUACGCUGCAUCUUCCUCUGGAGGUCCGAGCGAGGCUGGCGGAGCUGGAGCUCGAGUUAUCGGAAGGUGACAUCACCCAGAAAGGCUAUGAGAAGAAGCGCUCGAAACUGCUUGGGGCUUACCUGCCACAGCCGCCAGGGGUGGAGCCACCCAUGGCCCCGGACCGCCGUGCUGCCCUGAUGCCGUCGUCCUCUCGCUACCACCGGCGGCGCUCCUCAGGAUCCCGGGAUGAGCGCUACAGAUCAGAUGUGCACACAGAAGCCGUCCAAGCAGCACUGGCCAAGCACAAGGAGCGUAAGAUGGCGGUGCCCAUGCCCUCGAAGCGGCGCUCCCUGGUGGUGCAGACCUCCAUGGAUGCGUACACCCCCCCAGACACGUCAUCAGGCUCGGAGGAGGAGGGCUGCAUCCCUGGGGGCGGCACCCCCAGCUCCAGUCAGGGCAGCGUCAGCAUGGAGCACUGGAUCAGCCGAGCCAUCCACGGCUCCACGCCAUCCUCCACCACGUCAUCAUCGUCCUCGCAGAGCGGGGGCAGCAGUGCCGCCAGUCGCCUGGCCGACGUCAUGGCCCACGCACACGCCGGCCCAAUAGCGCACCUCUCGCUGAGGAGGAAGGUCGCGCCAGGCCCACUCGAGAAUGGCAGCUCAUUCCGCCGGUCCUGCGAAUUUGGAUCAGAACUCAGCUGGCCCCCGCCUCUGGAGUCAGAGGAAAACCACUCUGCACCCCCCGACUUGACCACGUAUGCCUCAGAGCACCCUGCCCAUGUGGAGAGGCCCCAAGUAUCCACCAUGCCCCGGACGGCCCCAAAGUAUGGCAAUGCAGAGCUCAUGGAGACCGGCGACGGGGUCCCAGUCAGCAGCAGGGUGUCGGCUAAGAUCCAGCAGCUCGUGAACACCCUCAAACAGCCCAAGCGGCCCCCCCUGCGCGAGUUCUUCGUGGAUGAUUUUGAGGAGCUUCUAGAAGUCCAGCAGCCGGACCCCAACCAACCGCGGCCCGAGGGGGCCCAGAUGCUGAUCAUGCGGGGUGAGCAGCUCGGGGUGGUGACUAACUGGCCCCCUUCCCUGGAAGCGGCACUGCAGCGUUGGGGCACCAUCUCGCCCAAGGCUCCCUGUCUGACCACCAUGGACACCAAUGGCAAAGCCAUCUACGUCCUUACCUACGGCAAGCUGUGGACGCGCAGCAUGAAGGUGGCCUACAACCUGCUGCACAAGCUGGGGACCAAGCAGGAGCCCAUGCUCAGACCAGGGGACCGGGUGGCGCUAGUGUUUCCCAACAAUGACCCAGCGGCCUUCAUGGUGGCGUUCUACGGCUGCCUUCUAGCCGAGGUGGUCCCUGUACCAAUUGAAGUGCCACUGACGAGGAAGGAUGCUGGGAGCCAGCAGAUCGGCUUCCUCCUGGGCAGCUGCGGUGUCACCGUGGCUCUGACCAGCGAUGCCUGCCACAAGGGACUGCCGAAGAGCGCCACCGGCGAGAUCCCACAGUUCAAAGGUUGGCCGAAGCUUCUCUGGUUCGUCACAGAGUCCAAGCACCUGUCCAAGCCCCCAAGGGACUGGUUCCCCCACAUCAAGGACGCUAACAACGACACGGCCUACAUUGAGUACAAGACGUGCAAGGACGGCAGCGUGCUUGGUGUGACGGUGAUGCGGAUCGCCCUGCUGACGCACUGCCAGGCGCUGACGCAGUCCUGCGGAUAUACCGAAGCCGAGACCAUGGUGAAUGUCCUGGACUUUAAGAAGGACGUGGGCCUGUGGCACGGCAUCCUCACGAGCGUCAUGAACAUGAUGCACGUGAUCAGCAUCCCCUACGCGCUCAUGAAGGUUAACCCCCUGUCCUGGAUCCAGAAAGUGUGUCAGUAUAAAGCCAAAGUGGCGUGUGUGAAGUCCCGGGACAUGCACUGGGCCCUGGUGGCCCAUCGUGACCAACGUGACAUCAACCUGAGCUCGCUGCGCAUGCUGGUGGUAGCCGACGGCUCGAACCCCUGGUCAAUCUCAUCUUGCGAUGCCUUUCUCAACGUCUUCCAGAGCAAGGGACUUCGGCCAGAGGUCAUCUGCCCCUGCGCCAGCUCCCCCGAGGCUCUGACUGUGGCUAUCAGGAGGCCCACUGAGGACAGCAAUCAGCCCCCUGGCCGAGGCGUACUGUCCAUGCAUGGUCUGAGCCACGGCGUGAUCCGCGUGGACACAGAGGAGCGCCUCUCCGUUCUCACCGUGCAGGAUGUGGGCACGGCCAUGCCAGGCGCCCUCCUGUGCGUGGUCAAACCGGACGGCGUGCCUCAGCUGUGCCAGACGGAUGAGGUCGGCGAGCUGUGUGUCUGCUCCGUUGCCACGGGGACGUCCUACUAUGGCCUUUCCGGGAUGACCAAGAAUACCUUUGAGGUGUUCCCCAUGAGCAGCUCCGGUGCCCCCAUCAGCGAGUAUCCCUUCACCCGCACCGGCCUGCUGGGCUUCGUGGGCCCUGGGGGCCUCGCCUUCAUUGCAGGCAAGAUGGACGGCCUCAUGGUGGUGAGCGGGCGACGGCACAACGCCGAUGACCUUGUUGCCACGGCGCUGGCUGUUGAGCCAAUGAAGUUCGUCUACAGGGGCAGGAUUGCAGUGUUUUCCAUCACUGUGCUGCACGACGAGCGCAUCGUGGUGGUGGCCGAGCAGAGGCCCGACUCCACCGAGGAGGACAGCUUUCAGUGGAUGAGCCGGGUGCUGCAGGCGAUAGACAGCAUUCACGCUGUGGGCGUCUUCUGUCUGGCCCUGGUGCCCGCCAAUACGCUGCCCAAGACACCACUGGGGGGCAUUCACCUGUCGGAGACCAAGCAGCUGUUCCUAGAAGGGGCGCUACACCCCUGCAAUGUGCUCAUGUGCCCCCAUACCUGCGUAACCAACCUGCCCAAGCCUAGGCAGAAGCAGCCAGAGAUUGGGCCGGCCUCCGUCAUGGUGGGCAACCUGGUGUCAGGGAAGCGCAUCGCCCAAGCCAGCGGACGGGACCUCAGCCAGAUGGAGGACAACGACCAGUUCCUCUUCCUAUCAGAGGUGCUGCAGUGGCGAUCACAAACCACCCCUGACCACGUCUUGUUCACACUGCUGAGCUCCAGGGGUGCCAUCGCCAGCUCACUCACCUGCCUGCAACUGCAUAAGAGGGCGGAGAAGAUCGCCGCUCUGCUGGCCGAGCGAGCUCACCUGCAGGAUGGAGACCAUGUGGCUUUGGUUUACCCCCCGGGUGUGGACCUGAUCGCGGCCUUCUACGGCUGCCUGUAUGCAGGCUGCGUGCCCAUCACAGUGCGGCCGCCGCACCCCCAGAACAUCGCCACUACCCUGCCCACCGUCAAGAUGAUCGUGGAGGUGAGUCGCUCAGCCUGUGUCAUGACGACACAGGUUAUCUGCAAGCUGCUGCGGUCCAAGGAGGCAAUGGCUGCCGUGGAUGUGAGGACGUGGCCCCCUGUGCUGGACACAGACGAUUUGCCAAAGAAGAGACCGCCCCAGCUGUACAAGCCCUCAAACCCUGACACGCUGGCCUACCUGGACUUCAGCGUGUCCACCACAGGCAUGCUGGCAGGGGUUAAGAUGUCCCACGCGGCUACCAGUGCCCUCUGCCGCUCGGUGAAGCUGCAGUGUGAGCUAUACCCAUCCCGCGAGGUAGCCAUCUGCCUGGACCCCUACUGCGGCUUGGGCUUUGUUCUCUGGUGCCUUUGCAGUGUGUACUCUGGUCACCAGUCCAUCCUGAUCCCACCCUCGGAGCUGGAGGCCAACCCAGCGCUCUGGCUGCUGGCUGUCAGCCAGUACCGUGUGCGGGACACCUUCUGCUCGUACUCCGUCAUGGAGCUGUGCACCAAAGGCCUGGGGCUGCAGACUGAGUCGCUCAAGUCACGGGGCCUGGACCUGUCCCGCGUGAGGACCUGUGUGGUGGUGGCUGAGGAGAGGCCCAGGAUAGCCCUCACCCAGUCCUUCUCCAAGCUCUUCAAGGACCUGGGCCUCCACCCGCGGGCAGUCAGCACCUCCUUCGGCUGCCGAGUCAACCUGGCCAUCUGCCUGCAGCCACACAGGCUGGGGAAGAUGGCUGACCAGGGCACCUCGGGACCAGAUCCCACCACGGUGUACGUCGACAUGCGGGCCCUGAGGCAUGACAGGGUUCGACUGGUGGAGAGAGGAUCACCGCACAGCCUGCCCCUCAUGGAAUCCGGGAAGAUUCUGCCCGGAGUCCGGAUCAUCAUUGCUAACCCGGAGACCAAGGGCCCCCUGGGGGACUCUCACCUCGGGGAGAUCUGGGUGCAGAGCGGACACAAUGCCAGCGGCUACUUCACGGUGUAUGGUGACGAGUCCCUGCAGUCGGACCACUUCAGCUCGCGGCUGAGCUUCGGCGACACGCAGACGGUGUGGGCCCGCACCGGCUACCUGGGCUUCCUGCGGCGCACUGAGCUGACGGACGCCAGCGGAGAUCGGCACGACGCCCUUUAUGUGGUGGGGGCUCUGGAUGAGGCCAUGGAGCUCAGGGGCAUGCGGUACCAUCCGAUCGACAUCGAGACGUCAGUGAUCCGAACCCACAAGAGCAUUACGGAAUGCGCGGUCUUCACCUGGACCAACCUGCUGGUGGUGGUCGUGGAGCUGGACGGCUCAGAGCAGGAGGCGUUGGACCUGGUGCCACUGGUGACCAACUCCGUGCUGGAGGAGCACUACCUGAUCGUGGGCGUGGUGGUGGUUGUGGACGUGGGCGUCAUCCCCAUCAACUCGCGUGGCGAGAAACAGCGCAUGCACCUGCGAGACGGCUUCCUGGCCGACCAACUGGACCCCAUCUAUGUGGCCUACAACAUGUAGAGCAAGAUGAUGCGAACAAAGGAUCAGGGCAGCAAGAGGAGUAAAGGACCCAGCAGAAAGCUGUCCACUUCAGCGCCCAAUCAAAAUGCACCCAGGAAUUGGAGAGGAUGGUUUGGUCUCCUUGGUGUCUGAGGCUUGGGAGACGAGGACUGGAUCAGUCUCACAUCUUAUACGACUGGCGGGGAGACAGAGACCCCAGUGUGUGAGGCACUGCUUCUCUCUCGCUCGGGUUUGGCUUUUUUUUUUGUGUCUGACGUUUUAUCUUUUAAUCUCUGGCCGCAUUUUUCCUUUCUUUUUUUUUAUUUUUAAGAAAAUCUGUCCUCUAAGAGGUGAGGGUGUUUUUAAAUACCGUGUUUUACGGCGUUUGAUGUUUGUGGAACAUGCUACAACAUGCUACGGGAACAGAUACACCACCAUGAAAGGCCAUGUCCUUAAAGAUUGUGAGCAGGUGUCACAUGUCUGUUGAAUGUCUGUUGUGUUCCCAAAAUUCUAUUGCAUUUUCUGCCCCCCCAGGUUUAUGAGCCGAGGACACCCCCAUUUCCCGAAUCUUCCUUUCAUAGUGUCACAUGACCACAAAGGAAGAGGGGAUGUCAGGCUGGGUCAUAUCAUGUAAUUAUGUACAAAACUUAAUUUAUUUCGCUAUCUUUAGAGGUUUCUGAGGGGAGACAUUUUUAAGGACGUUUCACCCUCUGAAUCUGUCUCAAUAUAACACAGAAUCUCACACUGAAUGAAUGAUAUUGAAUAUUGAGUAUAUAUAUGAAUAUAAAUAUAUAAAUAAAAACAAAUAUAUCUAUAUCUAUAAAGAGCCCCAGGUCACAGCAGUAACUGGCUAGUUCCUGGUAGCAUGGAGUCUCUCAUAGGUGGAGCUGAAUUUGCUGUGUUGUUGGGGUGCUGCAUGUGCAAGUCAGAGGGCAUUUAAAUCGCCCCCAAGGGAGACAGAAACAGUAGGAUUGGACCUUUGAACUGGGGGGAGGAGAAGUUUAUGUACUGAGUGCCAAGGUGGACCAGAAGCGUGCCUGUUAGAGAUUCGGGAAGGGCCAGUCCAGACAGAGCAGUGCAGAAUUCUGAUGGGCCCGUCACCUUGUCUACUCGUGAUCUGAGCGAAUGUCCCCUGCUCAUCGCAGGAUUCCAGACAAGGUGAGCAGAGCAGCGAACACCUUGCAAUACAUUCUGGGAAACGUAGGCAUGGUGAUGGAGCUCCAAUUCGCCCAAUGGGGCCUCAGAUUCACCACUGAUGAGGCAGGUGCUCUGCUGGCCGCGUCAGGGGCCCCUUCAAGGGGUUGGGGGCCAGUCUGAUAAGUGGCGGGGGACCAUCGGGAUCACUUUGCUGCUGCGGGGAGUGUAGCCUUUUCACAGAGCCUGACCGAGUGGGUUUAUGCGAGCUGUGUCACACGUUUCCUGUUUUUUUUUCCUGUUUGUUUUUGUUGUUCCUGUUUUAAUAUGUCUUACGGUUUGUUUUGGAAGCACUGAUGAUGUCAAUCCCAAUAAAGGAGAUUUUUUUUUUU